AUGGCAUCUUCGGGCAGCGCGGGGAGAGACGUGCCGGCGGCGAGGGCGGCCGCGGCGGUGAACGACCUGAUCGAGGCGCGCGAGGGGGCCACGAGGCUGAAGGGCAUGCUGCAGGAGCAGUCGCCGGAGUUGACAGAGCUGAUGGACGGGAUGCUCAACAAGCUGUCCAGCGCUCUGUCGGUGUUGGACACCGGCUGCACGGCCGGAGCGUCCGCGUCCGGAUCGGCCGAUGGGGUGUUCAGGGCGAGGGCGGAGAGCUCCAGCGGGAGGACGAGGAAACGCAGCUUCAGCAGAAGAUUAGAAGGCUUCUCUGGCAAGCGAGUAACUGACACGCUGGUUGAUGGUCACAUAUGGCGGAAAUACGGGCAGAAAGAAAUCCAAAACUCACAUCAUCCGAGGAGCUAUUACAGGUGUACGCACAAAUCAGACCAAGGCUGCAACGCCAAGAGGCAAGUCCAGAUCUGCGAGACCCAUCCAAUCAAGUACGCCGUUACGUACUACGGCGAGCACACCUGCAAGCCUCCCUCCAAUACCCCAAUGGUCAUUGCCGCCGCGAGCGACGACCGCGCAGAAAACCUCGUCAGUUUUGCCCCGACGUUUCCUCAGUUGGGCCAGGCCACUACUCAGCUGUCCUCCUCCUGGUGCACCAGCGUUGACGACGUGUUCAGCUCCUCGUCCGAUCCGUUCGUGCAGGCGGACGAGCUCGCCGCCGUCGUGGGAUCGGCCGGGAGGACGUCCUCGACGGUGGGGUCGGUGCCGGACCACAGCGGGAGUGGGAUCGGCGACAUGGCGGGAGGUGGCCAGGGUGGCGGCACGGGCAGUUUCCCGUCGUCUCCGAGCAGCCUCGGGUUCGUGGUGGGCUCUCUGGGCAGCAUCGGAAAUGACGAUUUUUUCCUGUUCGAUCCAUGA